CUUAAAAAAGAGACAAAAAUUUUCUUCAUGCUUUCCCUGUGUCACUGAGGGGAGGAAGAAUGGCAGUGGAGAUGGCAAUCAGAUCUUCAGUCACUGCAAAACUUUCUCUUCCUUCUGCUUCUUUUUCUUCUUCUUCUUCUUCUUCUUCUUCUUCCUCAACUUCUCUGGCCCCAACAACAAGGGCUUCUUCAAAGGCCCAAUUCAGGCCCAUCUCUCUUUCACUGCCAGCAUCAGCCACCAUCUCUCUCUUGGCUCUCGUUUCACCCCUUCAUGAGGCCAAAGCUGUCAGUCUUAGCAAAGAUCAGAUUGUCUCGUCUCUCACUGAGGUAGAGAAAACAAUUGAUCAGGUUCAAGAGGUGGGUUCGAGUGUCUUGGAUACCGUACAGAGGGUUAUUGAUGUUGUAGCGAAAGCUUUGAAGCCAACUAUAGAUGCAGCAUUGCCUACUGUGCAGCAAGCUGGAGAGCAGGCACUGAAGGCGGCUUCCCCAGCCAUAUCUGAGGCCUCAAAGAAAGCCCAAGAAGUAAUCCAAAGCACUGGUCUUGACACAGAGCCGGUUCUCACUGCUGCUAAGACAGUAGCUGGUGCUGCACAGCAAACCACAAAGGUAAUUGAAAGGGCCAAGCCAAUUGCUUCUUCAACCGUUGAAGCCAUCUCAUCAGCAGAUCCCACUACAGUUGUUGUAACAGGUGGAGCAUUAUUCGUUGCAUAUCUUGUCCUUCCUCCCAUUUGGUCUGCCAUCUCCUUUAGCCUACGGGGUUACAAAGGCAAGCUUACUCCUGCUCAGGCACUUGAUCUCAUAACCUCGAACAAUUAUGUUAUGAUUGAUAUUCGAUCAGAGAAUGACAAGAACAAGGCUGGUGUUCCCCGUCUUCCUUCUAGUGCCAAGAACAAGAUGAUUGCAAUUCCCCUGGAAGAGCUACCAAGUAAGUUGAGAGGCCUUGUGAGAAAUGUGAGGAAAGUAGAAGCUGAAAUUGCAGCCUUAAAGAUCUCCUACCUCAAGAGAAUUAACAAAGGCUCCAACAUUGUGAUCAUGGACUCGUAUUCAGAUUCAGCAAAGAUGGUUGCAAGAACACUAACAGACCUUGGUUUCAAGAACUGCUGGGUUGUAGCUGAUGGCUUUUCCGGAAGCAGAGGGUGGCUACAGAGCCGGUUAGGGACAGAUUCAUAUAGAUUUUCCUUUGCAGAAGUUCUGUCCCCAUCCCGGGUUAUCCCUGCAGCAGCAAGACGUUUUGGUUCAAGUUCAACAGGCACCAAGUUUCUGACUGAAUAAAAAAAUUUUCCAUGUCAUUUGAAAAAAAGAAAAAGGAAAAAAGAGAGAAAUAGGACGCUUGAAUGUGCAUCCUUUUAUUGAGUUAGACCACUCCUGAAGUAUCUCUUGUAAUUCUUUCAUUUAAAAUUUUCCAUGGUAUGGAUGGAACUUGUAAGUCUAAAUGUGAUUGUCUGGUUCGCAUUUGUGAUGGAUCUUUGCAACUCAUUGUUUGGUUUUCCUGUUAUGGCUAGGAGGAAUUAUAGUGACAGUGAGGAUGAUGAUCACAAGUUGGGGUGUUCAGAUCCAAAUCAAUCAAAUUAAACCAAUAAAAUGUAAAUCAAUUC